CCAGUUACUUUCUUCUCGAAAAAUAAUAUCGCGGGACAUUUCGCGGGCGAGGGAAAAAGGUAAAGUGUUUGGCGGACAGAGAGAUCGAAGAACCUGACAUUUUAGUUUAUAGGAAUCUACGAGCGUAUUUAAAACCUUUGCUGAUUUGGAAACGCCUGAUUGCUUUAUCUUCGAGGAUAGCAGAAUAAACUCUUAUCUGGUUGUAGAAAAUGAAUGGAGCAGCUUGUAAACGGGUUACUAGGAGUAGUGCAUCUGGUUCGAAGCAGAUAAAUGUAGAUUGCGGAAGAGAGGUUAAUCCAACUGUUGACAAUGCAUCUGAACAAGGCAAUGCCUCCGUACCUCUAAAACCAUCAGUGGCAGGGAGUAACAUGCCAAAUGAUGCAAACGAAGAUGGGCAUUUGCAUCAUGAAAUUAGGGAAAAUGGAAAUGGGAAGGAAGUACAGAAACCAUCUCCUCAAACCGAGAAGAAGAGAUCUAAUGCCAAAACCAAAUUUUCAGGGUCUCAUCGCGAACUUGUCCUCGGUCUUCCUUGCAGUGGACAAUUUGAUAUCCAGCUGUCCAAGUCAUCUAAGAGUUCAAAGAGGUUAGGAGGAGGUGGUGAAAGGAAGGUGUUGUUUUCAAGCCACAAGAGUGCUCAGAAAUCUAAAGAAGCUGCUGGACCAUCUUUGGUUCCUGCUAAUAACAAACCUGUAGGUAGACCAAAGAAAAGAAAUAAGACUAUGAAGAAAGGACAAGUUAGAGAAGAUGAUGAGUACACAAGAAUCAAAAAGAAACUUCGAUACUUUCUAAACCGGAUCAGCUAUGAGCAAAACCUUAUUGAUGCCUAUUCUUUAGAAGGAUGGAAAGGUUCAAGCCUGGAAAAGCUAAGGCCAGAGAAAGAGCUUGAACGAGCCACACAGGAAAUUCUGCGGCGCAAGCUUAAAAUUAGAGAUCUUUUUCAGCACCUGGACACACUCUGUGCUGAAGGAAGCCUUCCAGAGUCUUUAUUUGAUUCUGAUGGAGAGAUUUCGAGCGAGGAUAUCUUCUGUGCAAAAUGUGGCUCUAAGGACUUGUCUGUUGAUAAUGAUAUCAUACUAUGUGAUGGGUUUUGCGACCGAGGCUUUCACCAAUACUGUCUUGAACCACCUUUGCGAAAAGAAGAUAUUCCUCCUGAUGAUGAGGGUUGGCUAUGCCCCGGUUGUGAUUGCAAAGAUGACAGCUUGGACUUGCUUAAUGAUUCUCUAGGGACAAAACUUUCGGUCAGCGACAGUUGGGAGAAAAUAUUUCCUGAGGCAGCAGCAUUAUUGUCUGGUGGAGAUCAAAAUCUGAAUUGUGAUCUUCCGUCAGAUGAUUCUGAUGAUGAAGAGUAUAAUCCAGAUGGUUUGAAUGAUAAUGAAAAUGAAGAAGAUAACAGUGAAGAGUCUGAGAACGAAGAUGGUAGUUCUGAUGAAUCUGAUUUCACUUCUGCAUCUGACGAAAUGAUUGAGUCAUUUAAAGAAGGGAAAGAUAUAAUGAAAGAUAUAAUGGCCCUUCCAUCUGAUGAUUCUGAGGAUGAUGACUAUGAUCCUGAAGCCCCUACUCGUGAUGAAGAUGAAAUACAAGAAAGUUCAAAUUCUGAUUGUACAUCAGACUCUGAGGAUAUUGAAACUUCCUUCAAAGGAAAUGAGUCUAAUCAGCAAGAAAAAGUUACACCACUUGAGGAUCCUGGCAGAAAGAAAUUUCAGCUCCCGUGUGAAGCCAUUUCAGAGUCAGAUGCUGUGCUUGAUGAUGGUCUUGCCGGUGUUCCCAAAAGGAGGAAUGUUGAAAGGCUGGAUUACAAAAAGUUGUAUGAUGACGAAUAUGAGAAUGUUCCAUCUUCCUCAAGUGAUGAUGAUGAUUGGGAUACAACUGCAAAAAUGGGAAAAGAAAAUUCUGAGUCAGAAGAUGAAGGGGACACUGCGCCUCUGAAACAAUCUUCAAGUGCUGAAGAUCAUACGUCUAAGAAACCUAGAAGGAAGUCGAAAAGGGCAGAUAAAAAUGAUACUUUAAAAGUGCGAGAACAAGGUCCUGGAGAAAAUGGUUGUUCUGGACCUUCUGGUGAAAAAAGCAGCUCUUCAGCUUAUAAACAGACAGAUCCAAAAGCUCAGAGAUUAUACAUAUCCUUUCAAGAGAAUCAAUAUCCAGACAAAGCCACAAAGGAGAGCUUAGCGAAGGAGCUACGAAUGACAAUUACGCAAGUUAGUAACUGGUUUAAGUAUAAGCGCUAUUCGACAAACAGCAAAGCUGUGGUUUCAGAGGAAGAUGUUGAGAAGUCAAAAACAGGCAAGGAAGGUGAAUGUGGGAGAUCUGUUGCUGGAAGUAGCAAACAAACUACUAUGGAAACCGCGUCAGUUGCAGGGAACAAGAGUGUAGCACUGGAAUCAACCAAACCUGGAUCAAGGAAAAGAAGGAGAAGGUAGAAUUAAGACUCAAUCAUGACGGUUUAUAUCUAAUGCAAGGACAUACAUGAACACAUACUCCCAAAAACCCCAAGAUAUGAAGACAUGAAACCCGACCGCAAAUCAUCGGGGUUGUUCUGUUUUAUACACAUCUUUUGGGUACUUGUGAAUCAGAAGACCUCGAAUUUGAGGCAAAAGAAUGAAAUAUUUCUUCAAAAUAAGAGGAUAUGUUCAUUUUUAACAGUUAAAGAAGUUUUCAUAAGACUUGUGUUCAUGAUUAUGGAAGGUUUUUUGAGAUA